AUGAUGCACCUGGCUUUUCUCCUCCUGAUCAUCUUCACAGAUGGAUCGUCCUCUGACAAAGUGUGCAGUUACCAGGAUGUAGUGGACUACCUGAACCUGACCGCAGACAACAGUGUGUUUAAAAUGACCCGACCCGUUCUGGACUACAAACACCCCACCGUGGUGCAGCUGGACAUCCUCCUCUAUGCCAUCCUGGCUGUGAUUGAGAAAACCCAAACUUUUAUUCCUUUUGUCUGGGUAAUAAUGGAGUGGAGCAAUGAACGCAUCUCAUGGGACCCUGAUCAGUUUUGCGGAAUCACUCAGGUUUCAGUUCCUAAGGAAAUGCUCUGGAAACCAGACCUCUUUAUCUAUGAGAUGAUACAGAAGGAUGAAUCCCCUCAGAAUCCGUACAUGUACGUGUCCUAUGACGGGACGGUCACUUCUGAAGAGGAUAUGAAGGUGGUCAGCACUUGUAAAAUGGACGUCCACAAGUUCCCCUUCGACACACAGAGAUGCAGCAUCUCCGUUGGAUCUGCAAUACACUGUAUUGAAGAGAUUCGUCUCCUUCCUUCCUCCAACUCGUCUCGGGCCACCAAGUUUUCGCGAGACGUGAUGAAGACUCAGGGAGAGUGGGAGUUCCUCCAUCUGACCGUUACCCGUUACAAUUUCACCUUAGACGAUAGAGUGUGGGAAACUCUUGCAUACAAUUUCACCAUGAAGAGGAGGCCCCUCCUCCAUGUCAUCAACUUCAUGCUGCCCAUCCUGUUCUUCCUGAUUCUGGACCUCGCCUCCUUCUUCAUCGCUGACCAUCGAGGAGAGAAGCUGGGCUUCAAAGUCACCGUUCUGCUGGCCAUCUCCGUCCUGCUGCUCAUCUUGAAUGACAUCCUGCCCUCCAUGUCCAACAAGACUCCCCUCAUAGCGACCUACUGCAUCGUGAUCUUUGCUCUGAUGCUGCUCAGCCUGCUGGAGACCAUCUUGGUGACAUAUCUUAUGGAGAAAGACUCCGCAUCCCAGGAGAAGCUCAGACUGAGGGACGACAGGGACGACAAACAGGAGACAGUCAAAAUCGAGAACACAGAGGAGAAAAGACAAACCUGCUGUUCGUGCAUCUGCAAAGCGUCGGAUGAUGAGAAACAGGAUGAAUUGCUGCCGGUGGCUCAAGAGGUUAACAACAGCAUUCAGUCACUAGAAUCUAAUGCAUUACUGCUGAUCCUGGAGGAGCUGAAGGAGCUGCAGAAUACUUUGAAUCUGCUCCUCGGCUGCAGACAGGAAGGAGGGAAGUCCGGCCACUGGGCCGCAAGAAUCAACAGAGCUUUCUUCAUUUUCUACGUCACCACCGUGUCACUCUUUCUGUCCCUCAUCUUCACCGCAUGGAACACUUAG